AUGGCAGCUUUGAGCAUUCUGCUGUCGUGGUACCCUUACAAGCUUCGAAAUGCGAACUGCAUUCCGCUAGAGGGCGGCUGCUACAUCUACUGCUGCGGAAAGUGCUGCAGUAUGUCUUGGGCAGCCGUGCGUCAGUUCUGCCCCCCUGUUGGUCUCAUGCUCGUGGCCUGCGUACCGUCGGUCAAAGAGGAUGAGUGGAGUGCUGACAAGCUGGUCUUAGUGGUAGUCCACUGCUUCUCUGCACUGCUCAUGUUUUGCGCCUUCCUGCUGGCGGAAGCUCACGCUCUUUCUCUGGCGCCGUUCAAAUGCAGGGUUCCUUCCAUUGCCGCGGGGUGCCUUGAGUACAAGCUCCGAUAUGGCACCUGGCUACUGGCGGCCGUGCCCUAUGUCGUUUUCGCGUUCAUCGCGGUGGUCGAUUUCUUCACCGAGCUACAUCCGUAUGUGAAGAUCACAUCCUUCGUUCUGGAG